AGUGGCAAAUAUUUUACUCUUUUCUAUUUACAAAACUUUACUGUUUGCUCCAUUUUGCUUUAGUAGCCAAAUAAUGCAAGUGCUUCUCUCUCACUCCUCUCUUCACUUUUAGCAGCUCAGAACCACCGCCGCAGCCACCCUUCCUCCGCCGCGCGCUCAACCACCCCCAUCCAACAACACUUUUUCUUCUGGUUUAGACUUGAAGAUCAGUAUUCUGAAAAUCCCCAAUUUUUAUAAAUUGGAAGUCAGAGCACUCCAAAAUGUCUGAUGCUAAAGAAGUAGACUUCUCACUGAAAGUGAUGAUAGAUAAAGAGAAAACUAAGGUACUCUUUGCAGAAGUUGAUAGCCAUUUUGCAGACAUUUUGUUAAGCUUCUUGACAUUGCCGCUGGGAAGAAUUAUGAGAAUCCUCGAGAAGCACUAUGGAGACGAAGCACCUACCAUUGGAAGCUUAAACACUUUGUACCAUAGCUUAGCCAAUCUUGAUGAUGCCCAUUUCUGGACAGAUGGUGCUAAGCAGACUUUCCUCAAUCCAGCAAGUUCGUUCGAAGCAGAAUAUGAAAGGCUUAAACUCGACAUUGCAGAUUAUCAGCCUGCUCGAUAUUUUGUUUGUACAUAUUGUGGUCAUAGAUUUCGUAGUGUAAGCAUGUACUACGAUAGUAUCCAAAGUUGCAAAAAAUGCGGUCAUAAUUCGAUGCAUGAAGCAGUAGCUAAAAAAGGGCCUCAAGCUGCUUCUAGAGAUGGAGUUUUCACCAUACAUACGAAAUCUUUCAUAAUCUCUGAUGAUCUGCAGAUACUGCCAAAUGAGACAGGAAUCUUAGGAAUCUUUAGAAUUCUUGGCAUUUCAGACAUGGAUAAGGCCGAGCCAAUCAAUGUGACUUUUGGAUUCAGUGAGAUUAUGAGUUUGUUGAAGGGAUGCUUUAUCUCCCAAACUCCAUUCUCGGACCUCAUAUUGAAUAAAACAAGACAAGCGAACUCUGUAACUGUGGAACCUGAAGCCGAGACCUCAUCACUAAACCAGAUUGAGAAUGAACAUAAUCCCGACUCCAAAAAGAUGAUUUUGAAAGUGAUUAUACAAAAAUCUACGGGUAAGUUAUUGUAUGCACAAGCUAAGGAAGAUUUUGUAGAUUUUCUAUGCAGUUUCCUCUUCAUCCCACUAGGAGGAGUUGAGCAUCUUCUAGGCGGUAAGACACCUAUCAAGGCUAUAAACAACUUGUAUCAGAGCACAAGUGACCUUGUAAACGACGAGUAUUUCAAGACCCCAGAUAUGAAAAAUAGGCUGAUCAAACCCAAUUUGAUUCAUGGUUGUACUUCCAAAAACAACAUUCUUCCCCUUGCAGAAGAAUGCUUGCCUGUUGGGUAUGUCUCACGGUUUUCUUGUGUUAAUUUUCCCAAAGGCCAAGGGAGUUAUCUUGAAGGGCCACGAACUUAUAAGGUAACAGAUGAUUUAACUGUGGCACCCUUUUGUAUUGUCUCUAUCGUUUCCGGUCUCAAUAAGCAGAAAAUCCCAAUAUCUGAUGUCAAAGAAGAGGAGCUGCAAAUCGGGCUGAAAGAGGGUUUGGGCAUACUGAAAGCGUCUCUUACAUCCACUACCGCUCUCACUGAUGCUCUGCUCGAUCAAACUUCGAUCAAACAACUGAAGCAAGAACUCUUAGUUUGAUCACAAGAUUUCAAUCAUUUUACUGCCUAGUCUUGAGCAAAAAAUGGAGAGCAAAUGGUUGCAGCUACAUUUACACAUUACAAACUAAAACAAGAUACAAUCAAAUAAAA